UCAAAUCAAAAAUAUCAAAUGCUCAGUUUUUAAAAUAUAACAUUGUUUUUUGGAUAAGAGAAUAUUAAGAGCAAAAUUCGCAAAUAAUGACUACAUAAUAAAAAGCCUUAACAAUGACAACAUGAGUGUAGUAAAUAUAGUAUAAUAUAUAACUGUACUGUUCUUAACUGCUGAUUCCAAAUAUAUCAGGAAUGGAAGAGCCAAUUACUCGAUAUGAAAAAAUAGAUUUCUUAGGAGAAGGACAGUUUGCUACAGUCUACAAGGCUAGAGAUGUUAAGACAGAUAAAAUAGUGGCGGUUAAAAAAAUUAAAAUUGGCUCUCGAUUAGAAGCCCAAGAUGGUAUCAAUAGGACAGCCCUCAGAGAGAUCAAACUUUUACAAGAACUUCAACAUAUUAAUUUGAUUGGACUCUUAGAUGUAUUUGGACAAAAAUCAAAUGUUUCUUUGGUGUUUGACUUUAUGGAUACUGACUUAGAGAUAAUAGUUAAGGAUAGUAAUAUUGUGCUGACUCCAGGAAAUGUGAAAGCAUACAUGAUUAUGACACUCAGAGGACUUGAAUAUCUACAUCAAAAUUGGAUAUUGCACAGAGACUUAAAACCAAACAAUUUACUGAUAAAUCGAGAGGGUAUACUUAAGAUAGGGGAUUUUGGUCUCGCAAAGGCAUUUGGGUCUCCAACUAGGAUAAAUACCCAUCAAGUGGUCACAAGGUGGUAUAGAUCACCGGAACUAUUGUUUGGGGCUCGCCAGUAUGGCACUGGUGUUGAUAUGUGGGCUGUGGGCUGUAUACUAGCUGAACUGCUUUUACGAGUGCCUUUCCUGCCAGGAGAAACUGACCUAGAUCAGCUUUCACGUAUAUUCCAAGUGUUUGGAACACCAACUGAGGAACAGUGGCCAGGCAUGAAGAGCUUGUUGGCCUAUGUGCAGUUUAAAUAUUGUCCAGUGCAGUCUCUGAGACAUAUAUUCAGUGCAGCUUCGGACGAUCUUAUUGAACUUUUAGAAAGUCUUCUAGCACUGUACCCUCCAAAACGUUGUGACUGCACACAGGCCCUACAAAUGCCUUACUUCAGCAACAAACCAGCACCAACAGUCGGAGUUAAAUUACCGAUGCCCACAAAUAUAACAAAAAUGGAAUUGGAAAAACCAUCCCUGAAGAGGAAACUAUUAGACAACAUAGAUGGCGGCUCUCUCGUAAAGAAAUUACAAUUUGAUCGUAUAUGACGAAUAUUAAAUAACAUCAACUUAUGACAAAGUAUUUUAUGGAAAUCGACUGUUAUAUUAUAGAUAUUAUAUAUAAUCUACACGUCAGAGCUUAAAAACCUCAAGUUAGCAUAAACUCAAUGUCAAAGCAUAAUAUUAAAUUAUUUUUGUUCUUUUCAUUCACCUCAAUAUAUAAAUUCCAAAUUUUACCACUAUCUUACUAAACAAAUAUUUAUUUUUAUAGUAGGGCAUUUUGAUUAUUGAAGUUUGACUAAAAUAGAUUACAAUAAAGUUACAACAAUUAUUAUUAUUAAUGUUAUUACAUUAAGCAAAACAUAACAUAACAGCAUGAUUAAUACAGCAUUUAUAGAUAUAUAUAGAGGUAGGGUUUUAAUAAGCUGUUUAACCCAAUUCCUACUGCCAACUUUUAAAUUUGUCCAUCAUCAUCAGCAUCAGGCGGAAACAAUUAAUAAUCAUUAAUUGAGAACAUUAAUUGUUAAAUCAUUAAUUCAGUACAUUGUUUUUUUCUGCCUGAUAUGACGUGCAAUUUUAUAUCACUACCUAAUUUUUAUAUUGUAUUGUUUGACAUUAUGUGGAUGUUAUCACAAAGCGGGACUUUACCAUCCAGCUAUAGUGACUAUGAUUUUAAGACAAAAUGUAAUAAUAAGGUAAUAAAUUUUAUAUUUCUAAA